AUGAAGAAGACAUCAUCAGGAGAAUCAACGGCGUCGAUGGAAAUGACUGGAAGCAAGGAAUCAGCAGAAAAGAUUAGGACAACACUCGCUCAGGAAGCAGUUAAAGAGCAAAGACGUAAUUCGGCUGAAAAGCUUCUGUCUUCUAAUUCAGCAAGCAACCAAGGAAGGACAUCAUCAGGAUCGACAGAAAAAACCGGAACGAUAAGCAGUGGUUCGGCAGAAAAAAUCGGCGCAAAAGGAUCAGGAGAAAAGAUUGGAAAGCGAGGCAGGAAGUUGGAGAAGAAGAGUACUUCGAAAGGUUCAGCACACAAUAUUGGAAAGAAGAUUAUGAAUAAAUUUGGUUUGAAAGGAUCGAAGGAGAAGAAUAGAAAGCGCGGCAAGAAAAAGGCGAAAAAGUCUGGUUCAAAAGAGUCAACGGAGAAAACUGGCAAUGGCAGCAAAUCGGCAGAGGAAACCAAAUCAAAAGGAUCGGCUGAAAAGAUAGAAAGACGAAGAAGAUUAGCAGGAAAAACCCAACCAAUGGAAAAAGCGGAAAAAGUUGAAAGGAAACUUAAAUCGGUAGUCAUGUCUUCGCCGAUAGAAUUAAGAGACGAGUAUCCGCCGAAAGAGUUCCAGCAAACGAUGGAUGACUUUAUGAAGCAAAAUGCUAGAGAACCUGUACGUAGAGGUGCUCGUCAAAAUACAAGAACUGGGUCUGCAGCUCCAUCAGCAACUACAAGUAUAGAGUACGGUAGCAGCAGAGUGAUAAUGAGUGGUUAUGUUCCAGACGAUACAAGUUCCACAAAGGUAAUGAAAAGGUACUGCACUUAG